AUACCACCCCGGACCACAGAAAACGCCCGAACCCUCCUUUUGCGCCAUAUUCCGCAACACCACAGACCCAAAACUCCCCACAAAAGCCCAAUCCCGGCCCCGGAGAGCCCAGGAAGGACGAGCAAAGGGAAGAAGGCGAGAUCCCAGCCCCGAGAGCCCGCAGCAGAGAUUCCCGCAGGCCACAGUGGACGUUCCGGACCGCCCGUGCCACAGCGCUUCUCUCUCGACGCCCCGAAUUCGCCCCCAAAUUUCCGUAAAUAAUGGCUGAUAGCGACUGGGACACCGUUACUGUGCUUAGGAAGAAGCCCCAGAAGGCCUCUCAGCUUAAAAGUGAGCAGGCUGUGAACAAGGCCAGACGAACUGGAGCUCAGGUGGAAACCAGCACGAAAUAUGGAGCUGCCAGCAACAAGCAACAUGCCACCACCUUCAACACAGCCAAGCUCGACCGUGAGACUGAGGAACUGAAGCACAACAAAGUGGCUCCAGAUGUAGGCCGUCUUAUCCAGCAAGGACGCCAGAACAAGGGGUGGACACAGAAGGACCUGGCCACUCGUGUGAAUGAAAAGCCACAGGUGAUCCAGGAAUAUGAGCAAGGCAAGGCAGUGCCCAACCAGAACAUCAUAUCCAAGAUUGAGAAGGCUCUUGGUAAGUAACACGACACACGUGUUACCCGUUUUUAAACAAAAAAUAUCUUUACAGUGUUGAU